AUGAGUAAGGAAAUACUAGACAAGGUGCACACACUGCUCCCAGGUUUUGAGAUCUCCCUGGUGAGUCAGGGUGCCGAGGCGCUUGUGUUUGUCACAGCCAAGCACCCAUACCUACCGAGCAACAUUACACCUGCGAAAUUGGAGACCACCAAACACUACAUCAUAAAGUAUCGUCCGAAAAAGCCGUACAGACACGAGCAGUUAGAUCUACAGAUUACAAAGAGCAGGACUGCAAGUGAGGCGAAGUUGCUACACAAGCUGGAGACCCUUGGCGUUCGGGGACCCAAGCUUCUUGGUCUCGACGCACCUAACGGCAUCAUAUGGAUGGAAUUUUUGGGCUUUCGUUUGGAGAACAACAACUUCAGCAGUUUGAAGAACUGGUUGUGGUGGAUUGAGGGGAAAGGCCAAGCCGAGGCGAUUGGAUCGCAGGCGAAGGAUGUCCUGCGAGAGGUCGGCGUCGCCAUUGCAAAGCUCCACAUGAACGACAUAGUGCAUGGAGACCUCACCAGCUCCAACAUUGUGCUCACCAGAAAGGAUAACGACGCUCUUCAGCUUGCACUCAUCGACUUCGGUCUCUCCAGCUACUCUGCGCUCGUGGAAGACAAGGCCGUCGACCUGUAUGUCAUCGAGCGGGCACUUAUUUCCACACAUCCGCUCUACUCGCAACUGUACAACGAGUGGCUUUUGGAGGGCUACCACUCCGUCUACUCCGACGCCAAGAAAACGUCCCAAUGGGUGGACGUCGAAAGGAGGUUGGCUCUUGUUAGAAUGAGGGGACGAAAACGCUCAAUGCUCGGUUGA